UACAAAGAUGGCGGCACCUCCCAUUUCCAAAGGGAUGGGCGGUGUCGGAUUCCCGCAGCUCUUUGUUUUGUCCGUGUCCGCCGUCAAACGGCGAAUAAAGUUGUGUGGCUGUUGAAUCCGCAGUGACUCCCGAAUAGGAAACAGCAAUGGAGGAUUUAGAUUAUAUUCCUGGUGAUCUUAGUCCAGAGGAGAGACUGGAAUUGGAGGAAAUUCGUAGGAGAAAGGGAGUCCUGCUUCUGGAGAUCCAGAGACUCCGAGAUGAGUUGAGAGAGGCUAUGAUGGAAGUUGAAGGCCUGGAAAACAACACAGAGGGCAGUAAAACUUUACAAAAAAGUCGCCAUGUAGCAAUGGGCCGCAAGAAGUUCAACAUGGACCCCAAAAAGGGUAUACAGUUCCUUGUGGAAAAUGAAUUACUACAAAACACGGCUGAUGACAUUGCACAGUUCUUAUAUAAGGGAGAAGGCCUCAAUAAGACUGCAAUUGGAGAUUAUCUGGGUGAAAGGGAUGAACUGAACAUUAAGGUUCUACAUGCAUUUGUCAAUCUGCAUGAAUUCACAGACCUCAAUCUUGUUCAGGCACUUAGGCAGUUCCUGUGGAGUUUCCGAUUGCCUGGUGAGGCUCAGAAAAUUGAUCGCAUGAUGGAAGCCUUUGCACAGCGAUACUGCCACUGUAAUCCAGGGGUGUUCCAAAGUACAGAUACCUGUUAUGUUCUAUCAUUUGCCAUCAUCAUGCUAAAUACAAGUCUUCAUAAUCCCAAUGUGAGGGACAAGCCCGGUGUUGAACGCUUCAUCUCCAUGAACAGGGGAAUCAAUGAAGGUGGUGACCUGCCAGAAGAACUUUUGAGGAACCUGUACGACAGUAUCAAGAGUGAACCGUUUAAAAUCCCAGAAGAUGAUGGAAAUGACCUUACCCACACAUUCUUCAACCCUGAUCGUGAGGGCUGGUUGCUCAAGCUAGGGGGUCGAGUGAAGACGUGGAAACGCCGUUGGUUUAUCUUGACUGAUAACUGCUUGUACUACUUUGAAUAUACCACAGACAAAGAGCCAAGAGGAAUUAUUCCAUUGGAAAAUCUAAGCAUACGGGAAGUAGAAGAUCCUAGAAAGCCAAACUGCUUUGAGUUGUACAUCCCCAAUAACCGAGGUCAGUUGAUUAAAGCCUGCAAGACAGAGGCAGAUGGGCGAGUAGUGGAGGGCAAUCACAUGGUGUAUCGAAUUUCUGCUCCCACCCCAGAGGAAAAGGAUGAAUGGAUCAAGAGUAUAAAGUCUGCUGUUAGUGUCGACCCAUUCUAUGAAAUGCUGGCAGCAAGGAAGAAGCGUAUCUCUUUGAAAAAGAAGGAGGAGCAGGCAUGAGGAUAACUGAUGAAUGGAUUAGCACUGUUUGCUUAGGGAAAAAAAAAAUCGCUGAUAUCCUUCCCUCUGUUUUUCAAUGGCUUGUAUGCCCCAAAUUCUUGGCCCUUCUGGUUACUUGGAUAUUGGACAUAGAGCCCUGAAGUCCUGUUGGGAUUACUUAUCGCUUCCCUUUGGGGUUUGACACUCCAGAACAGAACACUACUGGGACUGUGGUUUUAUGGUUUACUGCAGAUGGCAACUAGGAGGAUUUUUAGGUAACAUGCACAAUGUUGGCCACAGAAAUGAGCUUAGUGGACUUGGCAAUGAGUAACAUAGCCUCAUGUCGGGAACUGAAGCCUAAGGAAGUGCUUUUUUUCUUGAACGUGGCAGAGUCACUGUCUGCACUAGAAUGCUGCAGGUGAAUGAUUUCAGUGACCUAUGGAAAAAGUGUUAGGGUUAAGUGAUGAACUCUAAAUAAAACACAAAGCAGCUCUUUUAUAAGACUCAUCUUCUCCAAGGAAGGCGGUAGGAAGUGCUAGAUGAUGUUGUAGAGGCAGUUUUGCAUGUUUUUUUAAAUAUAUUUCUUUAUCUUUUUUACAUAUGUGUAUAUAGAUAUAUAUAUAAUGUGUUUUGAAUGAAGUAUGUUUUUUUCUUUUUUCAAAAGUGAAUUUAAAUGAAGAUUGUACAGUUUUAUUCUUUUUCAUUUAUGUUUUAAUUUAAAUUGCACUGUUAAACUUUUGUAUUGAGCCUAGUGCCUCCAGUUUUUGUUAGACUAUUUGUUUCUUUUUUUGAUGUCUGUUGUCAUGGUAUGUCAGCCUCCCCCAUUCAGUAUGUAUAUUUAGUAUACUGUUGUGUUUUUCUUUCUUUUUUUUUCUUUGCUGGUAGAUUAUCCUGAUGGAUUUCCUCACUUUGUUUCCUCAUUGUGGACCACACUAAUUUAAUUUAAAUAGAUUCUUUAUUUUUUGUUUCUUAAACAUGACCAACUGUGCACAUUUUUCUAAGAAAUAAGAUUAGAUUUUUAGUAUUGCUCUCCCUGCAAGUAUUCCCCAGACUCCAUUGUAUGUGUGUGCAGGCAGAUGUGAGAGUGAAACAUGAAUGUGUGUAUACCUGCAAGAAUGGAACUGUGUUGGGGGGUGGGGGGCAUGUGAUGGUUUGGAAUUCUGAAUCGAAGUCUAAACACUGUCAUGGAUACAUGCAUUGUGCCAAAUGAAUAAUAAUAAAUGGCAUCUUAUGGCCUGUACAGUC